AGUUUCAAUAGUAGUGUCAAAGUUCACUAUAUACAGACAUUCGCGCAGAUCCCCCGUUUCGGAAACAUUGCUCUGCUGGUCCUCCCGUUUAAGCGCAUUCAUUUUUGGGUCUCUCCUUCUUGCAUAUUCUAUUAGUAGUUGGUGUUUUUCUUCUUCUUCUUUUUUUAUCUUUUUCUCUUCGUAUCUCCAUUCUUCCUGCUGGAGAGAGGUGAAACUAUUCAUGGGCACUUCAUUCGGCGACGCGGUUUUCUUUCGCUGCUUGGCGAGAUGAUGAGGUUUAUUUAAGAAUAUAGAUGUAAAAUUCCAGCUCUUCAGUUUUUCCUCCCCUCCUAUACGACGAAGACGGGAGUGUAAAGGACCAAGGGAAAGAAAGGAAUUUAUCUCCGCAGCACUUUGGAUCGCGUGUCUUUCCAGCAAAAGGUUUUUCUUUUUUUUUUUUUUUUCUUCUUCUUCUUCUUCUCCUCCUUUUUUCACCAGUUCCUGCGUCCAUGUGAAUCGCUCCUACCUUUCCUUUGUGGCUAUUUUAUAUCUAACUGCAAUUACGCCUGGACUCUGGUUUUCCUACAAGAUUAGGGAUUCCUGAAUGGCUGACUGCAAUUUACCUUGGAACUGGCCUCCCGAUACUUGCAUAUCCUGAUCGGGUGCCUAUUUAGUCGCCCUCCUGUAUUUUGAAUGUAUUGAUCGCGUUUACUCCCCUUCUUAUCCCACAUGAGAUUGCGUGCUCCGAUUUGACUUUGCACUGCCCCGUCUUUUGAGAUCACAUUUUUCCCCCCUCUCAUCUACGCUUCAUAGACAUCGGCGAUCAUUUCGCUUUAUAGCACUUUCCGGGGCCGAGAUAUGGCAAUGGUAGUUAGCGUCUGGCGAGAUCCGCAGGAAGACGUGGCCGGAGGACCUCCGAGCGGCCCCAAUCCAGCUGCUCAGCCGGCGAGGGAGCAGCAGCAAGCGGCAUCGGCGGCGCCGCACACUCCGCAGACCCCCAGCCAACCGGGACCCCCGUCCACGCCGGGGACCGCCGGGGACAAGGGGAGUCAAAAUUCUGGACAGAGUCAACAGCAUAUUGAAUGUGUGGUUUGCGGAGACAAAUCGAGCGGCAAACACUAUGGCCAGUUCACCUGCGAGGGAUGCAAAAGUUUCUUCAAGAGGAGUGUACGGAGGAACUUAACAUACUCAUGUCGUGCUAAUAGGAACUGUCCCAUUGACCAGCACCACCGAAAUCAGUGCCAAUACUGCCGGCUGAAGAAGUGUUUAAAAGUGGGAAUGCGGCGGGAAGUUCAGCGAGGACGAAUGCCUCCAACCCAGCCGAACCCAGGCCAGUACGCGCUGACGAACGGGGACCCUCUGAAUGGCCACUGCUAUCUGUCCGGAUACAUCUCGUUAUUGCUGCGGGCAGAACCUUACCCGACGUCCCGGUACGGGAGCCAGUGCAUGCAGCCCAACAAUAUCAUGGGCAUCGAGAACAUCUGCGAGCUGGCGGCUCGCUUGCUCUUCAGCGCCGUGGAGUGGGCGAGAAACAUCCCUUUCUUUCCCGACCUGCAGAUCACCGACCAGGUGUCCCUUCUCAGGCUGACGUGGAGCGAGUUGUUUGUGCUUAACGCGGCUCAGUGUUCCAUGCCUCUGCAUGUGGCCCCUCUGCUCGCCGCGGCGGGCCUCCACGCUUCCCCGAUGUCCGCGGACCGCGUCGUGGCUUUCAUGGAUCACAUCCGGAUCUUCCAGGAACAAGUGGAGAAGCUUAAGACCCUGCACGUAGACUCGGCAGAGUACAGCUGCCUGAAGGCCAUCGUGCUUUUUACAUCAGACGCUUGCGGCCUGUCCGACGCUGCUCACGUCGAGAGCCUACAGGAGAAAUCCCAGUGUGCUCUGGAGGAAUAUGUGAGGAGCCAGUACCCGAACCAACCCAGCCGCUUUGGCAAGCUCCUGCUGCGGCUUCCCUCUCUGCGCACCGUUUCCUCCUCGGUAAUCGAGCAGCUGUUCUUCGUCCGCUUGGUAGGUAAAACUCCUAUUGAAACCCUCAUCAGGGAUAUGCUAUUAUCCGGGAGCAGCUUCAACUGGCCUUACAUGUCCAUCCAAUGAUCCUUAUAUGAAUGAGGAAAAAAGAGAGGAAAAAGGACCAAAAUUCAACACCCCUCACCCCAUCUACCAUCAAGAAGACUAUAUAUAGGACCUUUUCUGAGAAACUUGGAAGACAUUACUUUUUUUCUGUCUUCUGGGACUGUGAUGGAAUACAUUAUGUACAGAAAAAUAUUGGAACUGGACUUUACACCUGUGUAAAUCCACCCUCAUCUUCAAGAACAAUACUCUCCAUUUUGUAAAAUACUAGUCUUUAUUUUCCUUUUUUGUAAAAAAUACAAAUAAAAUGAAAAACAUCAUAUGCGCAGUAAGAAAAAAGAAUCAAGACUUAGCGGGAAAAUAAUGUUUCCAAGCAAUUAUAAGAAUUGUCCUGUGUCUAUGUACCUCUCUGUUUUGUAUUUUUUCUGGUUCUAAACCAGGGUUUCUGUGAUUCUAUACUAAUAAUUUUUUGAUAUAACCUUUUGCUUCUUAUAAUGAGUGCGAUAUAUGUUGUCGAAGCUAUGUUCUCCAAGAAUUAAAAUUGAAGUGAGAAUUUAAAACAGAAAAAUAAAGAAAUUUAGACAAAUAAGAAACAGUCUAAUCGCUGUGACAGUAUCACCACUGAUGGUUGAACUUUUUCCCAAUUGAUACGAUGGACCUGCAACAGCAGCAAACUGACCUCCAGGACAUUUUUACUGACAUUUUUACUCCAGGACGUCUGGGGCGCCUUUUCCCCGGGCCAUGGGUGCGUGUGGAGUCGAUCAUCAAAGAGGAGAGACAUGAAAUCAAAAGCACUUUUAAUAUAUCAUUUCAAAUACAUUUUGUUUGUUUCGUCUUGAAAAUUUUCAUUGUUUCUUGAAUUUUAUUGGUUGUUGCCUUCAAUUCUCCUUCAAUUCAGCUCCAUGAUGCAGCUUUUUGCAGAAGGGUCGGUUGAUGAAGUUGUGUGAUGGUGACUGUACUAUUAAAAAAAAGAAAUAGGCAA